AUGACUUCAACGGAAGAUCGAAUGGCGGGUGCUGCGCCUGUGUCGAAUGAUAAGACCAUUCCAGCUGAUGCGCCAGCGCAGGACACUCAGAGCGACAAUGCGCCUUCUGACGACCAGAUUCGCGAUGAGAAGGCCGCUGCAGGGCCAACGAAAUGGCAGAAGGUGAAAGCCCAUCUCAUCAAGUUCAAAUGGUGGUAUCUGCUCGGUAUCGUCAUCCUCCUCGCGAUCUUGCUCCCAUUGCUCUUCACGGUCAUCAUCCCAGCAAUUGUUCAAAACAUUCUCAACGGCCAAAAGCUCCCCAUUGAAGGUGGCGCUCUGCAAGUGAUCUCACCAGAUGAAGUCAAUAUGAGCAUCAUCACAUCGCUGGACACACCGCUGGCUGCCAAUCUGAAGCCCGUCGACUUGUAUCUGUACAACAAGGAGACUCACCCCAUGUCCUCCUUCCUCAUGUUGAAGCUUCCGGAUCUUCAUCUCAACCACAAGACUGGUGUGACGGUUGUCAACCAGACGAUGAAGGUGACGAACCACACUGAGCUUUUGCUCUGGUUUAACGAGUUCUUCGACAAGCCCAAGGUUGAGUUGUCGCUGGAAGGCAAGCCGGAGAUUCAUUUAGGAGCGCUGAAGUACCAUCGCUCGUUAGAAAAGACUAUUGAGAUUCCAUCACUCACCUAUCUUGAUGGCUUUGGUCUAAUUGACUUGACGUUCAAUCUGCAGUCGAACCGCACGUCCAAGUACAACAUGAAAGGCAACCUGAACAUCCCCAACUCCGGCGUGCUUCGUCUUGGUCUCGGCAACUUGACCUUUAACGUCAUGUCCGGAGAAACAAGACUGGGUCUCAUCAACUUGUACGAUCUUCAGCUCUGGCCGGGCAACAACACAGUUCCCUUCGAAGGCAACUUCUUCUUCGAUGAGCUAGUCCCCAAUCUCUCAGAGAUUCUUGACAGCCAAAAGGGCUCGCUGAGUCAAGGGUAUAUCGAGUUCAACGCAACGGGCAACUCCACUAUGGCGAACGGAGAGCAUAUCAAGUAUGUCGAAGGUGUCUUGAACAAGAAGCACAUCCGCUUUACGGUGCCUGUUAUCUCGUUGCUUGGAGAUGUAGUUGGAGGGUUGUUGGAUGCUGAUCAGGGCUCGCUUGUGAAUAUCUUCGGGGGCGCGGUUGGUAACUCGACUUUGCUUGAGCAUGUUCUUGGUCAUUGGGACGGCAGCGGAGGGGGUUCUAGUGGGAAUGCCACUCGAGGGCUUUUCGGAAAGGACUAUAGCAACAGUUAG